CACCGUUUGCUGCAUCCUCAGCAUCGCAUUACAUCACCGUAUCCAGCUCAGCCAUCCAGCCCAGCAUCUCCUCCACACUGGACCCCAACCUGCUGCUGCUUCUCGCCCACCACCAGCAGCACCCCUGAACAUGGCAGAGAGCGAGGCAGAGACCCCCAGCACCCCGGUGGAGUUUGAAAGCAAAUACUUUGAGUACAAUGGAGUCAGGUUACCCCCAUUCUGCAGGGGGAAGAUGGAGGAAAUUGCUGACUAUCCAGUAAGGAAAAAUGACAUUUGGAUUGUCACCUACCCCAAAUCAGGGACAAGCUUGCUGCAGGAGAUCGUGUAUCUAGUGAGCCAGGGAGCCGAUCCUGAUGAGAUAGGACUGAUGAACAUUGAUGAACAGCUGCCUGUCUUAGAGUAUCCUCAGCCCGGGUUGGAUAUCAUCAAGGAACUGACUUCUCCACGACUAAUCAAGAGUCACCUACCCUACCAAUUUCUGCCAACAGACCUGCACAAUGGAAAAUCCAAGGUCAUCUACAUGGCACGAAACCCGAAAGACCUGGUGGUGUCCUACUAUCAGUUCCACCGAUGCCUGCGGACUAUGAGUUACCGAGGAACAUUCCAGGAGUUCUGCAGGAGGUUUAUGAAUGACAAAUUGGGUUACGGUUCAUGGUUUGACCACGUCCAGGAAUUCUGGGAUCACCAUUUGGAUUCUAAUGUACUUUUUCUGAAAUAUGAAGAUAUGCACAAGGACCUCGGCACACUGGUGGAACAGCUGGUGAGGUUUCUGGGAGUGUCUUACGAUAAGGCCCAGCUGGAGUGCACAGUAGAACAUUGCCAUCAACUUAUUGACCAGUGUUGUAACGCAGAGUCCCUUCCUGUGGGUAGAGGAAGGGUCGGCCUUUGGAAGGAUAUUUUCACCGUAUCCAUGAACGACAAAUUUGACCUGGUGUACAAGCAACGGAUGGGGAAAUGUGACCUGACCUUUGACUUCAGCUUAUAGGAAAUGCAUGCAAUGAUUACCCAUGUAUUAGCUAGACAAGCUUAUGGCCUCUGUUUCUAUUGGCUGCACAAUAUACUGUAAUUAUCCUGUGUAAUAUUCUCCCCCCCCCCACCGCGGGGGGCGGCUCCCAGGCAGCUGUCUGUCUCUCAGUAUUUCAUGGCUUCUUUUCAGUUAACUCUUGCAGUGUUGGAAUGGUGAUCACUGCGUUGUCGGGUCCUUGGUGUCAAUAGGAACCUCAGAGCUGAAGAUCUUACAGGGCCACAGGGAAUCCUGGGCAGUGCUGCUCUGCCUUGGGACCUCGGAAAUGUAACGGCUUGUACACACAGGCUCCAGAACAGAAGGCGCCCCUCUGUGACGCUUCUACCUUGCCGGGUGGUGGAAAUGCAUUAAGCCAAAAGAUUGUUAACGUUAUGCAGCACAAAAACAAAGUUAUGAAUUACACUCCCCAACAUGGUCAUAGAGACAUACACACUAAGGCCAAUUUGGUCAGAUGCAGCUUUGCUUGCCAUUUUGGUAGCCCAAUAGUUCUUAUUGUGGAGGUUUU